AUGAAGCACAGUGAAAAAAAUACAAAGGAUAUCCUCGUGAUAUAUGAACAAGAAGCAGAAGAGUGGGCUCUGUAUUUAAAAUCUCUUUUUGGACUCAUAGUGAACAAAGAAGGAAUCUUACUCUAUGAUCUAGAGAAUUCAUCUUUCAAGAACCAGGAGCUACUCUGUUUACCAUCUUAUAAAUGUAAACUCCUUAUACUUUCAUGUGGACUCCUUAACUGCCUGAAUCAAAAAAGAAGUUAUUUUCUGGAGCAAGUUCUGAAACCUUCAGAUAAUGUGGUCAUUCUGCUUUGUGGAGUGGAGAAUUCAGAGAUUCUUUAUGAGAUACUAACCUUAGCUGGAGGCAGCAAAGAGAUUUCUACUGAUCAGAAACCUGAGGAAUAUAUUUCUGUUGUUAAAGGAAUUAUUCAACAAGAUAAACCAUGGGAUGAAAAUCCUGGAGACUCUGUGUCUUGCAUCUAUGAAACAGUUCUUGCAGAUGAUUACCUGAAUAUCUCUGAUAUUAACUUGUCAGAUGUUAGGGGAGCAUCAGAAAAAACAGAUGUUACUUUUAAAGCAGAGGUACUUUCUGAAAGAUUAGAAAGUAACGAGCAGUCGAUAUUGGUGCUUCCAAGAAGAAUAUCAUGUGAGAACCCUAGUGAAAUAUUCAUUCUGUUGAAAGAAGAAAUAGAUGAAGAAACUCUAGAAAUUGAAUUCAUAACAGAUAAUCAACGAAUUAGAACAUGGACAGCCUCUUGGAACAAGAAAGUCAAAUAUGUGAAAGCCCUAGAUUUUCCUGCUGGCCCUGUAUAUGUAAAUGUCUACUGUGGGGGAGUCAUUAAGAAGACAGCACAGAUUGAGUACUAUACUGCACUAGAGGAAAUUGAACCUGUUUUAAAGAAAGUGGCUGACCCAAUAGCUUUCACUUGUCAGCAGGCAUUGAAAUUUUCUUCUGUAGAGAAGGUAGACAAUGUUCUGACUUCAUUAUUGAAAAGCAAAAUAUCUACUUAUGACUUCAGCUCAUUCCAAAGUGAAGAAGAGCACCAUCACCAAGCUAAUAGCCAUUUAGAAGAAUUUCCUACCCUGCUUCACUGUGCAGCCAGAUUUGGCUUGAAGAACCUUGCAACGUUUCUACUCAGUGGUCCUGAGGCCACACGGGCUUGCAAAAUAACCAAUAAAUAUGGAGAUGAUCCAGAAAGUAUUGCAAAGAAGCACGGGCACAAGGAAUUAAGAAAAUUAAUCAAAGAAUUGUCAAAUUAUGCAGCAAGUGAUUUCACUAAUUGCAAGGAGGAAGUGGAAGACAGCAACACUUAUGAGGUUAUGUUGGGCUCAGAAAGUCCACCAGCCAUGGCAAAACAGAACUCAAGAGAUCAAUGUGCAGUUGGAUCAAGAUGCCAACAAGAAGUUGAAGUGGACGAGGGAAAGAAGGAUGACCUAAAAGACAGCAGAGAGGAGACAGAAUCUCAAGAUGAAGGAGAGGGGUAUUCAUACAGCCUUCACAACAGUCCUGGCAGUUUGUAUGCCAAUGUAGGGGUUGAGCUCAAAAAGAUCAGCAGAGAUUGCUUUUUCUGCAAGAGGCCACCCCCUCCUCCCCCUCGAAAUCUGCCUGCCAUCCCAAAACAGGACAAUCUGCAUACUUCAUCAAAAGCACAAUUCCUUCCUUUUUCAGAGAGGAAUUCUGUGAUGGACAGGAGUAAAAGGGAACAGGGAGAUGGACUCACAGCCACAUGCUGUGGAGAAGACCAAGGUACCUGUGGGGAGGACAGCGAGGACGAGCACCCCUACACUUGUAUGGCACUGGAUGAACGUGUGUACGACCUCAUCCUGGGGCAGGAGGAGCAGGAGGAGGAGAAGAGGAAGCACUGCAGGUCCUUUAUCAUGAACAGGCCCCCAGCCCCCACGCCUCGACCCGUGUGUUCGCUGGGCAGAGAGGAGAAUACUCCCUACAUAGUACAAGUGUUUCAGCAAAAGGCCUGUCGAGUGACCAGUGACAACAGCAGGACGUACUGCGAGGCCAGGAAUCCUGAAACACAUAGAGGCCACACUGAGACAGUAACAUACAGCACUGUGGUACACAAGAUCCCUCCUGAACAGGAAGAACUCAUCCACUUGCAGGAACAGGUGAAAAAGGGGGCAAUUUCUGUGGAUGAAGCCCUUGACAGAUUUAAACUGUGGCAGAACAAAAAGCAGAGACUACCAUCCACUCAACAGGAAAAAGUGCAUCACCUUAGAGACACCACUAUCAGAAACAGACAAGAAAAUGAAAAUCUGAAUGGUAAUGAGCAAGACAGAGGCCAGAGAGGACCAUCUAUAACUCAGCUGGAUUUCAGGAGACAAAUACUGCAUUAA